GCAGCUUAUAAUCUCACCGCAUUAACAGACUCCUAACGUUCCGAACGAUUUGACGAAGAAUUAUAGAACAGUCGAACGAGGCAAGUGGUAGGAAGUGCCAGUUUCAGUGUGUCUCGAAAAUCUAUUCUAUUCAAAAGUGCAAAACAUCUGAGAAGGUAUAAAGAUAUUUAAGUUAAGAAGCUAACCUUCUAACGCGGACGACUACCUGCGUCGGUCACAAAACAUCGACGUUCUCAGUGUGCGAUUAGAAACGGACCGAAAAGAAGUUCGACUGUAGCAUCUCAACGGAAAAACCGUCUAGUGUGGUUAUAUUCAUCAUAUUUGCAGCAUAUCCAGACGAAACAUGUCCGGAUUUUACAACAGGUUCCUCGACAGAUACCGAAGAGACAUAAUGCUGAAAGUCGAAUUGCCAAAUCCGAAUUGGAUAAAAAACGGCCAUGUCUUGAACACAUAUAAACAUCCAGUAAUGUGGGGCGCGAGUAGAUACGUUCAAUCCAAUAAAUAUUCACGCGAUGUCUGCGAGGAAAGCAAUCUGCGCAAAAUGAAACUCCGGAAUAGCAUGUUCGUAGUGUACGACGAGGACAACAUGUGUGUCCAAAAUUACACAAACAAUAGCGAGCUCAGCAAACUGGAAGUAAUACCGAUCGACUCCAACAUGGUAGUAAUCAAGUGUGAAUCGAUGCCUAAAGAUCUGCUAUUAGAUAUGAGAUACUUAUAUUUCAACGUAAAAGUCAAAUGCUACACAACUCUCUGCAAUAAAUUUGUAACCAGCGAGACAGUAAUCGACUGUGGAAACAACGCUGCCUCAUGGUUAUGCAGUCGGUUCUUCUGCAGAGGUCUAAACAACGGUAGAUUACGCUUGGGAUUUUGCUUUCCUGAGAAAAACAAGGAGGUAACAUUUUGGGAAAACUAUAAGAAACUUUCCGAGAGAUAUAGUGAUGAACGAGAUAUUUUGAUGAACAGGUGGGAAGCGCCGAUAAUUAAUAUAAUAUCAGUGAAGUCAGCCGGCAGUGUGAAAUGUGACUUGGAUCGCGCCGAGAUCGAGAAGAAUUUCCAUCCAGAUAUUAUCAUCACGUCUGAUAAACCUUUCGAAGAACACAAGUGGAAGUGGAUGAGGAUUGGCAAGGCCGUUUUCAGAAAUAUUAGGCCUCUUCCAAAAAAUGUCGAUAUGAACGAUAUGCCGGUAGAAAUGAAAUGGGAAAUGUUACCAACUUAUUGGGAAAUAUUUUCUCCGGGGAACGUAGAAGUAAACCUAAAUAUAUUAGUUCACCAUCCUUCAAAACGUGAUAUAGACUCGAUGCUCGAGCAACUUCCGAACUUAAAGUAACCUUCACUGCGUGCGAUCGAUUUACAAUACGAGAUACUUCGUCUUAUGUUUACGAUUUAAAUAAAUUACCUUCCACUUUUAACUUCAUACCCUCAUCAAUUCCUGUUAUUUUUGCUUUUGCAAUCAAUGUCUUAGUUAUUAUUUUUAAUGUAUCUUUUUCGCCCCAUCAUACAUACAUACACACAUACGCACGCGCGCGCGCGCGCACAUUUCGAGAAUUGCGAUAAAAUUGUACCAACGCAUUGAUUAUCAUGGUGAUCACUAUAAUUAGAUGAUUACCACAUCAUAUAUAUUAAUUUCCGUAAGAAUAAUCUGUCUUUCGUUAUUCUGUAAAUUUUUCGAAAUAAAAUCUUGUUUAAAACGA